AUGGACGGCUUUGCCCCUCGAUCCUCCUCACGGCCUAGGCCAUCUUCCCGUCCGACUACCCCUCUACGACCAAGCUCCCGCUCUUCACUACGAGAAGCCCACGGUUACGGGAAUAGCAUCAGCAAUGCCGGAUACAACCAGCCCGCCAUCAAUGCCCUAGAGCCGCAGUUUGCGGAGCUCGCUGACUCUAUGGCAGACCUGGAGGCCAACUUCAUGCACCUCCAGCUGAUGCACGAGAGCUUGACGCGCUUCAGUGAGAGCUUCGCCAGUUUUCUGUACGGUCUGAACAUGAACGCUUUCUGUGUGGAUUUUCCCGAGGCGCCAAUCGCAGAUUCGUUCCGGAGAGCAAAGCAGGCCGAGGCACAAAAAGGUAUGAAGGCAUUCACAUCUCGUUACCAUGGCCUUGAGAUUUACUUUGACACUGAAACAGAAGCCGAGAAUGAACCUGCCCGACCGGCUGACGAUGGUGAAAUGACUUUCUUGACCACGGACACAUCCUUUGUCGAACACCCGCCUAGUACGGUCUCCUCUAAACCCACACCUAAGUAUUCCACACGGGGUACCACACGCGGUACCACUCGAGGUACGACGCGUGGCGCGGCAACCAGCCGAUAUACGACACGAGGGGCCAACCGUGCGCGACCGAGCGCUCUUCCUCGAGGUCGGGGAAUUCGGUAA